CAGCAACACCACUACCUGUUCUUUAUUCGGUAGCUAAGAAAGGGUUAUGCCCAGUCACACUGGACACAUGAUGUCAACGCAGGGGCACAUUGCUUUAUAAUCCCAGGGAUGAUUUCUAAGAUUUUUCAGUAAUUUAAAUAUGAGUCUGCUGCGGGGGAAUCGGACUUGUCCACAAUACUCAAGAUGGGUUCUGAUUACGAUUCUUUCGACGACGAUGUCGCUGAUGAGGUGUUGAUGGCUCUCGACAAACCAGCUACAAGUGGGUUGCAUUCUCGCGAACAAGAACAACAAAGGGAUAUUUCCAAUGCGACACCCCAUACUUCAACAGAUCUGGAAUUGGAGGAUUUUGGCUCAGAUGCAUUUGACUACUCACCUGAAAGGGAACGGGCAAAGCCUAUUCAGACUGCACGCAACCAAGCGCGAACUUUUCAACAGACCACCCUGUUAGGGCGCAUCGCGAGCCAAGCUCCCGAACCUUUGGGGACACAGCCGCGCAAUUCUAGGGUAUUUCGCGCAGAUUUGCCUCCAGAAGUGCCAACCCACCAUGCACUUGAUCCCGAGGCCCUGAAAACAUGGGUCUAUCCUACCAACCUGGGUCCAAUUCGUGACUACCAAUUCAGCAUCGUCAAAAAUGGUCUUUUCAACAAUACACUUGUGGCCCUCCCUACUGGUCUUGGAAAGACCUUCAUUGCAGCAACUGUGAUACUCAACUUUUUCCGCUGGACUCGAAAUGCACAAAUGGUCUUCGUCGCCCCUACAAAGCCUCUGGCAUCCCAGCAAGUCGAAGCUUGUUUAAACAUUGCUGGCAUUCCUCGCUCGCAGAGCACUCUUCUUACAGGAGAAACCAAGCCGGUGCUCCGUGAGGCCGAGUGGGAAGGCAAGCGGCUCUUCUUCAUGACGCCGCAGACAUUGAUGAAUGAUCUUUCAAAGGGCUAUGCUGACCCCAAAAGGAUCGUCCUACUCGUCGUGGACGAAGCGCAUCGCGCCACUGGAGAUUAUGCUUAUGUCAAGGUCAUCGAGUUCAUCCGUCGGUUCUCCAAGAGUUUUCGCGUGCUUGCUCUCACGGCUACACCAGGGUCCACCGUCGAGGGUGUUCAGGAUGUGAUUGACAACCUAGGCGUUUCACACGUUGAGAUCAGGACCGAGGAGUCAAUCGACAUACGAAAUUAUGUCCACUCACGCGAAAUAGAUCGCGUCGUCUUGGAACCAUCAGAUGAGAUGCUCCGUAUCAGUGAACUCUUUUCUCAAGCCUUGAAGCCUCUGCAUUCCAAGAUAAGCCAGCAGAAGAUAUAUAUCGGGCGCGAUCCCAUGUCAAUUACAACUUUCGGUCUACUCAAAGCCCGGCAGGACUGGAUGAAAGGUCCUGGAAGGUUUGCCAACCAGGGACUCAAGAUGAUGCUCAUGGCCAUUUUUACUAUUUUGCAAAGUCUCGCUCACGCCAUCAAGCUACUCAACUACCAUGGCAUCCGGCCAUUCUACGAUAACCUGGUUGCAUUCAGGUCUGAAACAGAAGAUAAGGGGCAGAAAGGCUCCAAGUACAAGCGCCAGCUAAUUGGCGAGCAGAGUUUCCAAGAAAUGAUGGAUCUUGCAUCCAAAUGGCUUAAGAUUGAUGGGUUUGCUGGCCACCCAAAGCUGACACACCUCUGCGACAACCUACUCAACUAUUUCAUGGAUGCCGGCGAAGGGUCGAGCACACGCGUUAUUGUCUUUAGCGAAUAUCGAGAUAGCGCCGAGGAAAUUACGCGUGUCCUCAAUGUACACAAGCCUAUGAUCAGCGCCUCACUUUUUGUCGGUCAGGCAGACUCAAAGAAGAGUGAAGGAAUGAAGCAAAAACAGCAAAUUGAGACCAUUGCCAAGUUCAGAGAUGGGAUUUUCAACGUUCUGGUCGCCACAUCCAUUGGCGAAGAGGGUCUCGAUAUUGGCCAGGUCGACCUUAUCAUUUGUUACGACGCCUCCUCAUCACCCAUCCGUAUGCUGCAGCGCAUGGGACGAACAGGAAGAAAGAGGGCUGGAAAGAUUACGCUCCUACUCAUGAAGGGGAAAGAGGAGGACAACUAUGCCAAGGCGCAGGACAACUAUGAAAAGAUGCAAAAGCUCAUUUGUGAGGGCAGCAGAUUCAACUUUAGGCACGAUCUAUCAUCUAGGAUUGUUCCUCGAGACGUCAAGCCCGAGGUUGACAAGCGCAUGGUUGAGAUUCCCAUCGAAAACACCCAGGACACCUCAUUGCCGGAACCCAAAGCUCGCAGUACGCGAGGCAAGAAGGCAAGCAAGAAAAAGUUCAACAUGCCAGAUGGUGUUGAGACGGGGUUUAACAGCGUAGCGUCCAUGCUCGGCAUUUCAGCCUCCAAAACCAAAGCCAAACCAAAUAAGUCACCCAAAAAAGCCGAAUCCAAGGAGACCGAUGAGAUCUCGCCAGUGCCUCCUCUUGAGGGCGUCUUGCUCAGCGUGAAAGAGCUGGCAGAGUUGAACAAAAAGUAUAGGGACUUGCCAUUCUUUCACCAGGACACCGAAGAAAUCUGCAUGCCGAGCUUGACCGCCCGUCCAGAUCUGCAACGUGUGCUUCGGCCUACAGUUCACGUCAAGCACGGCUCGUAUACCAAACGAUGUGUCAGGCUGUUCAAGAAGUUGUCACAUUCACAGGGGAUCGAGACCAGGCAUACGAAACCACAUGGGGAUACUGACAAGAGUAGAUAUUUGGACAUAUCCGUGCCUCCGUUCGCAGAAGACUCUGGCGAGGAUGUCGUUGUCGUGCCAUCGGGCCGCAAACGCUCCCUUUCACCAUCGUCCGCGGCCAGCCCACCACCGCCAGGCCGCAAGAGAAAGGCAAACACUACGGCGGCUCCAAGGUCAAAGCGACAAUCUGUCGUAGACGAAUAUGCAUCAGAAUCAGAAGACGACACGGCGGCAGCCCGCCAAAGAAAAACAAACGCCGCUGCGAGUCCAGAAUCAAAGCGCCAAUCUGUUUUGGACGAAUAUGCUUCAGAAUCAGACGCCGAGGCCGUCACUCAGGCCUCUGAAGAUGAAGAAUCUGUGGGUUCGCUUGCAGAUUUCAUAUCAGAUGGGGAAGCGAACGGCAAUUUCCCCAAAGAUAUGACAGGCUUUACAUCAGACGAAGAUGACGACUACAGAAGCGGCAGUCUAGCCAAAUCCUCGUUGUCGGGACCCUUGUCAGGUCGUCAAGUACACCGGUCCUCGGGCGCGGCCUCAAAGUCUGGCUCGACAGCGUCAACGGCAGCCAAGCCGUUCUUCGUCCCGGCCUCUCUGCCGGGUACGCAACAGACGGAUGAUGAUGAAGAUAUGCCCGACAUUGGAAUUUUGGUAGGCAAGAAGCAACCGGAGACGAGGGUACGUAAACCUGCCAAGAAAAGCAACGCGGUGUUUUUGAGUAGCGACGAUGAUGACGAUGACAAUGACGACGAAGACGACGUUCAGCCAGGUCCGGCAAAACGUACUGUUCGCCGGCGGGUGAUUGAGGAUAGCGAAAGCGGCUAGAUGGGAGUUUAUGUGGUGGUCGUAUAACAAUCCAAUAAGAAGCUGAACUAUACCAUGUUUCGAUCGCACAGGGCUCAGUGGUGGCGCUCAGGGCCGUUACGCUUGGCCUGUCGUCGCGUUGCGGGUAUUAUUGAAGCUUACUUGACUACCUUGUUUACCUUACUGUGUGGGCCUGUCUUGUCCUGAUUAAGUGUCUAGGUACCUACGAAUAGUAGCUUGUAGGCAAACAGGCAGACAAAUUCUCAACCCGGCAUGUCGACCGACCCCACCGGGCAUUGGUCUAACCUCAGCUUGACAUACCCGACAACAUACGAUUGGACUUUUGUAUGCGUCCGCGAUUGGGGGGAUUCUUUACUUCGUUUUUUAUAUUUUUUUUUUAUUGUUAUCCUUCUUUGUCACUCUCAAUCGAGUUUGCAUCGCCUGAAAGAACCGUCUCGGUCGUCACAACCAACUCGGUGUAGCAAUUGGGAACCGACAGGCUGAUAGCCCUAGUCAGUAAGUGAUUACUGCAUUUUUUUCCGAUUGGCACGGCGAACGACUUCAAGUAGGACUAGAGAAGUUCUAGGUCCAGUCCAGAAUUUGUUGUGACUGGUCGGCAAGGUGCUCGUGGAGGGAGGGCUGUCUCUUCGUUCAAGCCCUUUGUUCCAGAUAUCCCGAUUUGCCGAUUUGUG